AGCAAAAUUACAAUAUGACUUCAAGUGAGAGUAGCACCAGUUCGUCACGAAACAGCACACCGCGCCAUCGUCAACGCUCCAAUGCUAGAUCAGCGAAUAAUUCGCCUACAACAUCGAUCCUUAAGCGUAACGCUAUGUCUAGAAAAGCACUUGUACCUCUAGAACAUGGUUGUGAAGAUAACUGGACUUGGAGUCGGCGACAUCGUUCCAAAGAAGUAGUAUUAAGUGGACCCAAUGACCGUACUGUGCAUUUCCAUCCGAAUUGGAGUAAAGGUACUGCCGGUGUACAAGGUAAACGGCCUUUAAAUAAUGGUCGUUUUUAUUGGGAGUUACACGUCUCGCAACGUAUAUUCGGUACAAGCAUUAUGUUUGGUAUCGGUACCAAUAAAGCACGCUUGCAUGCAAAUUCAUUUCGUAAUAUGUUAGGCGAAAAUGUACACGGUUGGGGUCUAUCCCAUAAAGGCGUACUAUGGCACGAUGGUAUUGCGCUGCUUUAUACGAAACGAUUUAAAGAAAAUCAGGCCACAGUUAUUGGCAUAUUAUUCGACGGUAUCGAAGGGACAUUAACCUACUAUAAAGAUGGUAAAUGCUUGGGCGUAGCAUUUCAUGGUUUAGACAAGAUUAAGGAGCCCUUAUACCCAGUCGUCUGUUCCACAGCAGCCAAAACUGAAAUGACAUUAAAGUGCGCACGUCGCGAUUUUGUCAAUCUACAGGAUCGUUGCCGUGCCGUGAUUAUGAAACAUAUAAAAACCCGCCAGGAUUUAAUACAAUUGAAGUUGCCAGCUAUUAUAAGCAAUUAUUUAGCGGAAGUUCUAGGCGAUUACACACCGUUAAGGCAGGUGGAUAAUUAUGAUUUGUUAUUUGAUUUUUAGAUAUAUGUGCUUUUAAUUAACUGAAUCAGCGUAAUUAAUGUUAAUAAGAUUUUAAAGGAGAAGAAUUGAAAGAAAAGGUCUCAUGAUAACAUUUACAGUGCCAUGAUUUAGAUAAAUUAAUCAGUAAUUAAUUCUC